UAUUAUGACGUCACGGACUCCCACCUGCAGCAGGUACAGCCGCGUUCCGGGCGCGCGCACGAAAAACUUUUUCGUGCAGGGUUUCAGCAACAAACGCGGAAGUGUAAAGGAGACAUAAAUACUGUUUCUGUCCUCACGCACCCGGUAGAUUUGUCUUUCUGCUAAUCGUGGACGGGUGGAGAUACUGGCGGCCAGGGGCGCACAUAUGAGUUCAUGGUCGUUGUACCUUAAAUCCGUGUAAAUAUCAACUUCAUCAUGAAGUACGGAGCAGUUGAGGAUGACAUGGAGCUGGAUAUGUUGACUUGUAGGGGAAAUGAUGAAAAUGGCACAGAGACCUUAAUACCAAAUGACAAAAUACAGCUCGAGAUGAGAAGUAUGGGAAACAGUGAAAAUAACAGAGAGUCCCUAAUACCAAUGCUAAACCUCUCUGAUACGGCUGUACGAUUUGACUGCAUACUUGUAGCACAUGAAGUUGAAGAUCGCAGUGAUCAUAAAUUCAAGAAACAGGAGGCCUAUAUCCGUGAGCUCAUUGCAAAAAAUCUGAACGUGACCAAAAUCCCCCAUGAUAAUAAGAUAUUCUACGGCAUUCGUGCCCCUGAGGAAAUAUUCAACAAGUAUAAGUACCUGCUGAAGGUGUCUGAUGCCUGUAACUGGAGUGCUGAAUAUGGAGGUUAUGUCCAAAACACCACAAGGAUCAGGAUUGUCCAUUUCAUCCUGCACCAUACAUAUAUUUCAACCGGAGAGACCCUGAGGGAUCUUACACGGCAAAAUGUAUUGGAGUCCUUGUUCUGCCUCCAUGAGAGCACACAGCAGGAGUACCUCAAAAAGGAGUGGGCCAACUGGGGGGCCUUAAAACACCUAGUCAAUCAACCUAUUGAUGAUAUCAGGGAAUACUUCGGUGAGAAGGUAGCAUUGUAUUUUCUAUGGCUUGGCUGGUACACACGCAUGUUGAUCCCCGCUGCCAUCAUUGGAGUGGUUGUGUUCCUUUAUGGCAUAGCUUUCUUUGACUCAAACCCCCUCAUAGACGAGGUCUGUGAGUCAAAUGUUACGAUGUGCCCAAUAUGUGAUAAUAGGUGUAAUGCGUGGAAUCUGUCAGACACCUGUGUUUAUGCUAAGUUGAGCCAUCUGUUUGACAAUGAAGGAACUGUGGCCUUUGCAAUGUUUAUGGCUCUUUGGGCCACUCUGUUUCUGGAGUUGUGGAAAAGGCAUCGAUCUCUACAUGUCUCCAAGUGGAAGGUCUUUGAUUGGUGUGAAGAUGAGGAGGAACUGAUCCUGGAUAUAAUAAAUGACCCACAUUGUAAAGUCAAGGUGUAUAAACACUCAUACAUACAGAGCAUUCUCAUUCUUCUGCUGUUUACAGCUGUGCUGGUGGUGAUUAUAGGCCUAACCCAUGCUUUGGUGAUAUGCCGCGUGGUGACUGCGAUGUUUUUAUCUGAGACCAGUUUGAAGUUUCUGAACGAUAAGGCCACUAUGAUUGCUGUGACUCUGGGAGCAGUACUGCACUACAUCACUAUACAGAUUAUGACCCGGGUGAACAGAUUUGUGUCAUUUAAACUAUGUGAACUAGAAAAGACUCGCUCAUUUGCAGCCACAGAGAGGAGUUUUACUGUGAAAAUGUUCACCCUCCAGUUCUUUACUCUCUUCUCCUCGCUAAUAUAUGUGGCCUUUUUUCUGGGCAGGAUAAAUGGCUAUCCAGGCAACUAUGUCCGAAUAGCAGGAAAAUGGAGACUGGAGGAGUGCCACCCUAGCGGUUGUCUUACUGACCUCUUCAUUCAAAUGGCCAUUAUUCUUAUCCUCAAACAAACCAUCAGCAACAUAUUUGAGUUUACUGGGCCGUGGCUUAAGCUGUUGUUUAAAAAGCCAAAGAUUAUGAAUGACAUGGAGAAAUGUGGUAAAUGUGUAACAUCAUCAUGUAAAGAAGAUGGUCCUGGUAUAGAGCUCUGUGACAUCUGCCAUCUAAAAAAUUGGCUGAAGAACUACCAUCUGAAUACUGUCCAUGCCUUCAGUUUGUUUAAUGAGUUCUUAGAAAUGGUUAUCCAGUUCAGUUUCACAACAAUCUUUGUAGCAGCAUUUCCCUUGGCUCCACUUCUUGCCCUCAUUAACAACAUAUUCGAGAUCAGACUGGAUGCAAUUAAAAUGUUGCUGAUGGAACGUCGCCUUGUGCCAAAGAAAACAAAUGAUAUUGGUGUGUGGAUUAAUAUUUUAGAGGUAAUUGGGGUGGCAGCAGUCAUUGCAAAUGGACUGGUAAUUGGAAUAUCAUCUGAAUUUGUUCCACGUCUGGUGUAUCGAUAUCGUUUCGGACCAUGUGCCAAUGGGACAGCCACAGACUUGCAGUGUAUGGCAGGCUACACUGACUACACACUCAGCACUGCAUACAUGUCUGAUGCAAAUGUACGUGAAGACUUUAGCCUUAAACAGAUGAUGCUGUCAACUGGGGAAAAUAUCACUGAGUGCAGCUACAAAGCCUACCGCAAUGAAAAUGACCAGAGUUUCACAUCACACUACUGGCUCAUACUAGCAGCCCGCUUUGCUUUUGUGAUCUUGUUUGAGCAUGUAUUGGUGGUUUGUAAGUUCAUCAUUGCCUGGUUUGUGCCUGAUAACCCAAUAAAGGUGAAGAACAACAGGCUACAAGAUAAACUGUGCCGGCUGAAACAGGAAUUAAAGGAAUUUAGUGCACAAUAUGACAACAGGACCACUGAUGUUUAAUAAGCAAAGGUCUUUUAGCCGAUGACUCUCUUGAAAAAGUUUCUACAAGGACUGUGUGUGCACAGAGAAAGCAAAUAUGUAGAAGCUGCCUGGGCUGUUAAUAAUGGAGAGAGGUGGAAGAAACGGAUUUCAGCCACGAUUUGUGAUGUGACUGAAGGUUAAAACCAUGUUAAUGUUGUAUAUGAAUUGCAUCUCCAUUUUAUUUUGCUAGACUCACACAUUUCACAGCACUAUUAGACACAAAAAGGACUUUUUUUUUAAAUAUUUUUUAUAAGAACAUUUUAAGCAUAUUUUUUUUAGUAAUAGAUAAGUGCAGAAUGGAAGUUUUGGCACACUUAAAACACUACUUUCUGGAUUUGUGGAUUUUUAAAAAGAUUUAAGGUGCAUUCACUACCUUGGAAAAUAAAUAAAUAAUGUAUGUGUAUAGCCCAUAGCUUGUACAGUGAUUGUAUGCAGUUAUGUUGUGAAUGAUAAUUCUCAUUACUUUUGUUAUUGCUGUUGUAUUGUUAAUCAUCUGACAGGAGCUAAAAUGAAUUGACUUAAAAACUGCACUAAAAUACUCUUGUCUUUGUCAGUUAUUACGGAAUGUAUGUGUAUGUGCAUAUUCUCCCCACUUGAUGGCAGUAGCGGCAAAGUUGACCUGAAGGCAACAUGCAUAUUUUAAAUACUAUUAGUAAACACAUUUACUUUGACUUUUUUUUUUUAUACGUACAGUAAGCUACUACUGUGCCUUAAUGGGUCUUCAAACAUUUUACAGUUGUGUGUUGUUAAUGUGUUUUUUUUUAACUACGUUCUGGUGUUAUUAUUUUGUACAUGCAGUAUGAAGAAAUUUUGGAUUAUUUGAGUAAAACUAAAUUGUGCUUAUGUAAUUGUAAGUUUAACCUGUGUUGCGAGGACAGUGAAUGUAUGAAGCCCCCACCCGAUUCCGGCCAUAUGGAAUUACAUUCGGGUCUGAAAUGUUUUAGACCUCAAUGUACUAUGAGGAUACUAAAUGUUUAAAGUUUUCCUUUAUAUGUUUUAUACAUGUGUAAGAAUCAAGUGUACUUGUUUUGUGUAACAUUUUUAGUUAUGGGUAAAGAUGGUAAAUGAUGUGGCAGUAAGCUGUUAAAAAGAUUUUUCUAUUUUUCAUUUUACGUGAAACGGGGUGCAAAAAAAUCUAUUUUUUACAUAGUAAUAUCAGUAGUCUUUAGGCUUUUACAUCUUUGCAAGCUUCAUAGUGGUUAAAGCUCAAUGAUCUUCUGCUGAAUUUACACCCUUUGACCUAAGAAAGAAAGGGACAACAUGUCAUUGAUUUAAAUGGGCAAGCCAACAAUCUUGCACAUUUCCUUGUUUCAUGUUUAAGCAGUUGUACUUUGUUUAAGUUGAGAAAUAUUCAUUGACCCAUGUACUCAGGUUAAUUAUGUAAUAAUGGGUCUGAUUUGUCUGGUACUUUGCACAGUUUGACCACAAACCCAUAAUUCAAUGACCAUUUUUAGUUGUUUGUUUUUACCAACACCAACCUCUAAGAUGUUUGUAUUAUAACAUAAAAACACAAAUAAUCAAGUCUGAAAAUGUAUUCAAGAAGUGUUUUCUUUGCUAUUACACAUACAUGCAGAUGCAAUAAAAUAUAUCCAUAUUAAAACCUCA